AUGUCCAGCUGUGAAGUGAAUAAUCUAAGCCAAAAUAUUAAAAAUGAUCUGGUCUGUUAUCUGGCCACUUAUAAGAGAGAUGAGAUGAUGCAUCUGAAAAUACUUUUUCACUCCAUUGUUAAUGAAUUAUCAAUGGAUGACCUCUUUCAAACAGGAAUGAAAAUAUUAAGUGUCAAACUUCGAUCAGCUUUAGCAGAUAGUGUAGAAGGUAAAGAAGUCUCAGUUUUACCAUAUUCAAAUAGUUGUUUCCAGAAGACGAAGAACAAACAGGAAGGAUAUGUUGGGGACAUAGGUCAGGGUAGUACUAUUUAG